AAAUGUCGGUCAGGGUCAGCGGAGUUUAUUUGGUGCCAGCUUCGGCCACCACCACCACCAUCAGUAGCGAGACGAAUAACGAGAGGAGUAACAAUAAUCUCGUUCCUUUGCACGAAAACAAUCUUCAACAGCAAGCCCAGCAACAACAGCAACAUCAUCAUCACCAUCAUCAUCAGCAACAACAGCAACAACAGCAACAACAUAAACAACAAUACUAUGCUACUAAGACAGUCACCAUCGCCACUGCACCGCAACGGAGCAAUAGCCUCGAUUAUUUAAACUUCGAAGAGAAACGACAAAUCAUCGCGUCCUCUUUGUCCCUAAGUGAUUUUCUGGCUCACGGGCCUGCCGCUGCAGCGGCAGCCGCGGCCAAGGAAGUUGCAGCGAAUACCGUCAUUGCUAAGAAACAAAAUGGCGCUGCCCUUCGAACGAACAGCCUGGGCUCUGGCGCGAGAACGCCUCCUCUUGAAAGGAAAAGCAAAUUUUCAGCCCUUGGUAGACUUUUUAAACCUUGGAAAUGGAAGCGGAAAAAGAAAUCGGACAAAUUUGAAGCCGCUUCAUUAUCCCUUGAAAGAAAAAUCUCUGUACGUGCUAGUAGAGACGAAUUGGUACAAAAGGGAAUCUUAUUACCAGUUAUAAGAUCGACAUCGUUUCCGGAAAAUGAAACGAUAAGUGACUUGAUGGACAUGCAGAAGCCACCGAGUCCUCAGCAAACUCCUCAGCAACAACAACAACAACAACAACAACAACAGCAGCAGCAGCAGCAGCAGCAGCAACAACAAGUACAACCCGUUAACGUAGGUAACGAGACUGGAAGCACUCCUGUGCCAACAUCGACUUCAACCGGUAGCUUGCAACAAUCCCAGCAAGUAACACCGAGCACGCCGACCCCAACGACUGCCAAUCCACAUUCUAAUGGGUCGCCCAGUAAUCAUUCGUCUCCUCACCCUCCACCUCAUUAUCCAGGAAUACCUUCGUCCCAGGGAGGACAGACAAAUGGAAAUUUGCAAGAGCCGAAGAAGGAAAAAACUGAACAGAGUGCAAAUGGCGCGGUUUCGCCAAGUGGUGAGAUUCAGGUCAAUCAGGGUACGACGACGAGCGUUACGGUGCCUGUUUCAGAUACGACCACAAAUACAGGGGAUCAACAAAAGCCGCAUAGGCCAAGCACCCUCGAUGCCAGGGUUGUAGCCAGGAGACUGAUCUUGUUCGACAUGGAAAAGGCUGUUCUCGAUCAAAGUGUCGAAAAUCAACAGCAGGUGAUAGAGAGGUGUUAUCCUUUACCACCUCAAAACACUCUGAUGUUGUCAGAACUUCCGGAACCACCAAUUCCCUUAAGCGAGAUUGGACCGAUUCCACCACCGCCUAUGUUCAGCUCGCCGAGUCCCACAUUGGUAACGAGGCAGCGACAACAGCAAAUCCCUUUAUCGGAUUGCGAGGACGAAGAUGACGAAGACAUCGACGUGGAAGAGGAAGACGAUAAUCUUUACGUCUUUAGGGUGUCUCAACCAGAUCCAGCGAUUGAUACAUCUAGGAUCGAAGAAAUACCAGCGAAAGAGCCUAAGUUCCAUGCAAUACCAUUGAAAAGUGCACUGAAGAAAAAGGGACCUAGUAGUGGCCCUGGAACACCGCAAAAUACACCGACGCAGGAAAACAGGCCAUUGACUCUUCGCCAAGAGCUCCACGCUUCAUUCAAAAGGCCACCGUUGAGGCCUAGGAUGAGAAUAUGCAGUCGACCAGUCAGAUUCGGACUUGCUCUGCCGUGUACGUUGGAAAAUAAGGAGAAUGCGAGGCCUUACGUUAUUCGAGAAGACGUUGAUGGUGAUGACAGUGAUGGACAGGUUCUUUAUAGGGAUGAGUAUGAUGAUGAAAAAACUCGACUGGCAGCUAAAAUUGCACGCAAAGAAUCACUUUCGUUGAAACUAGCCCUCAGGCCUGAUAGGCAGGAGCUCAUCAAUAGAAAUAUUCUUCAGUUACAAACAGACAAUGAAAGGCAAGAAACGAAAGAGGCUAUUGGUGCUCGGCUUAUCAGGCGACUGAGUAUGCGUCCUACUCAAGAAGAAUUAGAGGAACGAAAUAUUUUAAAAAAACAAAGUCCUGCCGAGGAGAAGAAGCAAAAGGAAGAGAAAAAACGAUAUCUUUUAAGAAAGCUUAGCUUCCGACCAACCGUCGAAGAACUUAAGGAAAAGAAGAUCAUCAGAUUCAACGAUUACAUCGAAGUUACGCAAGCUCACGACUACGAUAGGAGAGCCGAUAAGCCAUGGACGCGAUUGACUCCAAAGGAUAAAGCAGCAAUUAGGAAGGAACUGAACGAAUUCAAGAGUUCCGAGAUGGCUGUACACGAAGACAGUCGACACCUUACCAGAUUCCAUAGACCAUGACAAUUGCAAUGUGUAGAGGUGAUGCAGUGUGGUGCAGGUGUAGUAAGUGAAGGUGCAGUGUGGUGGCCACGUGUUGAAGCUGGAUAAAUCGAGUUUGCGUCUGGGUUGCGUAAUUAAAUAACGGAAUACGCCAUAAUCUACCAGUGAUUGAAGAUGAUGAAAAAGGAAGAAAAAUACUUUGACGUUGCUAAAUCGUAUCGCCGGUUAUUGUUCAUUCGCGCAUCGUUUAUCUAUUAUUCGCAACAAUCAUCGUCGUCGUCGUCGUCAUCAUUGUUAUCCUCAUAUGCAAACCAUUAUUAUUUUUAACAUCCGGCGAUCCAUGACUCGCAAUGUCAACUAUGCUUUGUUUAGCGUUCUCGCAACGCCGAUGAAGAUUGUGAUAGGGUGGUUUGCCUAAUUUAAAGAAAAUAAAUCUUGGGGAAUCACUCGCCGAAAUACUACAUUUUUUCUUAGGAAACGUUCGCAUCUACGCUCAUUAUUUUAUAUUUUUUUAAACUUUUAUUUUAUUUUUUUUUAAGUAUGUCUUCUUUCCCUUGUUCUUAUGCUCUUCUAUCUUCUCUCGUAUAGUAUUCAUCUCGUUAAUUUCACAACGCAAUUGUAUAAUUCAUUUUCAAAACGUUUUUAAUCACGAAUAUUUAAUGGUACGUAAUUGUUUAAUAAUUUUUCAUUAGUCGAUGUAAUAUUUUAAACGAUGACGAACGCGAAAUUUUAAAAGUACAUCAUUAUAUAUUUUAUAUAUAUAAUGUUAAAGCACGUAGGCGAAGUAUAAUUAAGUAGUUAUGAAAAUUUUUCAUUACACGAUCGUUACACGAAUGUAUAUGCGGACGAAUCCUUACACAUAUACAAGAAAAAAAAAUUAUCUAUGCCAAUCAAUUUGGCUCCUUUAUGUCACUUGGCAUCGCCAUCCACGUAAUAGUUUAAUUCUACUGAAUUUAGUUACUUUCCUUAAAAGAAUUAAUCUUUUCAUCUUCAUAGUCUUUCAAUCUUUCUAUUCUUUGACAAAAUAUUUUUAUUUCUCCAUUGAUCUAUUAAUUAUGCGCUAUUUUCUUUUUUACAUAAUAUAAAUAAAUAUAACAAAAAUAAAUAAAUAAAUAAACAGAUAUCGUUCAUAUUUCAAGAAACUAUGACAAUCGAUAAGAAUAUUCGAUCGACGAAGGAAAAAAAGAAAACAAACAGAGAAAAAAACAAUUAAGAAAGAAAAAACACCUUUCCUUUACUGCCAGGUAUCAUUUUUCUCAUAGGGCUUGAAGACCAAACGCUAACGACUAAAUAUAAAUAAUGUUUUCUGUUUAAACGAUGCAUAUUGUACAAUUCUACUCUGUAUAGGAAUAUACAUAUGUACGUUAGUGAUUUAUUAUUAUUAUUAUUUUAGUAUUGUUACUUAUUAUUAUCCUUAUUUUUAUCAUAAGCUCAGUUUGGUUUUUUUGAGAAUAUAUAGUAGACUUUCUUGGUCAUGCUAUACUUCUCAACUAUUAUUUAUAGUUGAUGAUAGCGUCACUGAGAAAUUUUUAUUAUUAAUAUUAUUAUUAUUAUUAUUAUUAUUAUUAUUAUUAUUAUUAUUAUUAUUAUUAUUAUAAUUAUUAUUGCCAUUUUCAUCAUUAUGGUAUUGUUAUCAUUGUUAUAGUCAAUAUUAGUGACGCUGCGGUUCUCGUUAUUUUCGAUCACACAUUUUUAUUGCAAAAAGGAUAUAAUAAAAAAGAGAAAAGAAGGUAAUACGUCAACGUACAUGAUGUAUAUGCACACGUAUAUGUAUAUAAGACAGAAGCAUUUUUGUUGUUUAAAGAUUAUCUAAUCAAAAAGUUUUUAAGAGAGGAUCAAAAUGAAAAAAUAAAUGAAAAAUUGGCUGAACGAAAUCAUCAAGACGAACUGGAAUUCUUGAUUUCUGAUUAUAAUUUAAAAGAAAAAAUAAGAAAAGUCGAAUGAAGUAAAAAAAGAAAAAAAAAAUAUAAUGGGUGAACUGAGAAAAAGAUUAGAGAAACUUUCGCAUUUCGUUUAUAAUUUUGCAGCUUGUAACUCCGCUUGUAAAUUUUUGACUCUUUCCACUUUAACCCAAAAUUAUGGGUUUUAUAUUUACGUUAUAAAAUAUAUGAGGAAGAACAAAAAACGAAUUAAGGAAAACAAAAAAGAAAAUGAUAGAAGACAUGAAAUAUAUCUAAUUUUGAUUAUUGAUGAUUGAUGAGACUGUAUUAAACAUUCUCUGAAUGUAUUUAAUCACUACAAUCAAACGAAAAGAUUGUAAGAAUAAAAGGAGAUCGUGACGAUGAGCUUGAAAGAAAAAGAAAGAAAAAGAAAAGAGAUAUAAGGAGAAAAGAAUUAUUCUUAUCCUAUAUAAUCUAGUUUCGACGAUCGCGUCCAAUGGCAUGAAAAGAUCGAAGCGUCGAUUAUUCUCUUUUUACACCUAUUGGUAAACUCAACAGUUCGAUAUAUUACAUUCGUCAACUUCGAGUUGCAUCGGAGGUACCGAUAUAAUAUAAACUUCCAAGGGCAUCACGAAGACGCACGUGAUAAAGAAACGAUGAUGAGCGAACGAGGAAUAAUAAUUAAGCAAGAAUAAACGGAACGAAGAAAAUAAAAAGUGUACAACAAGAACAAGAACCUCUUUCGUUCCAUUGGUUGAGCAGUGUGACUACCGUGUAGUCAAGCAAAAUAUCCACUGCGGAUUGUUUGAGAGAAUAAAAUAUAUGUAGCAUACGAAUGCGUGAGUCGUAACGUGAAUGUUUCAAAUGAUAUGCCGCAAGCGAUGUGAUUAUCUUGUCUGUGUGUGUGUGUGUAUGCAUGUAUAUAUGUAUGCAUGUAUGUAUGUAUGCAUGUAUAUGUUCUUAUUGCAUGUGUGAUGUAUGAAGGUAUAUGUAAGCUUAUAUGAGAGUGUGUGUUAAAAAAUAGAAAAAAUGCGAAAAAGAGAAGAUGAUCGAUGAACAAGAUAUUAUAAUUUUAAACGCAAAAUUGCGGGGAACAAAAUUCGGAGAAAAAAACUUCACGCCUGCUGUGCGUUUGGCCUGUUGUACUAUUAUAAUUUUCUCCUGCUUUUUGCAUACCCGCUCGCGGAUAAUCGACGAAGAGAGAUGAGGAAAAAUGAACUGACUUCGAUAGUAUACGGCUGAUGAUUAGCGAACGAUUUGUGUACAUAUUAAUGGAAAAAAUGGAAAAAAAAUAAACAAAGAAAUAAUGGGAAGAAUAUAUAUACUGUAAAACAUACCGCAAUAUAGAUAUUCGCAGUUAAAACACGCUACGAUAAUUACGCAAUUGUAAACGAUGCAUACUUAUAAAUACUACUUUUUAGAUAACAAAGCUCUAAUGCAAAUCAUAUACAUAUAUAAAUAUUAUACGUAUACAUAUAGA